CAUAUAAUAAUAUGAUAUAACAAUUUUUUUUUAGAUAGCAGGGAAUAAAGCAAUUUUAUCAGAAUUAUGUUAUACUAUCUUUUGUUGAGCUUUAUUGCCACUGCGACCAAUUAGAGGAAAAUUACGAAGUUAUUAUACUAUAAAACCAGUUUUUUAUUUGAUUUUUAAAAUAAAUUUAUGGUAAAGAUCAGAAUUUAAAAAAAAUAAAGUAAUGGAUGGGUAAAAUGCUACGUCAGUUUAGAGUCACAUAAUUUCUUAUGAAGUUCUGACAUCAAAAUGAAACGACAUGAAAAUCUUCGACAAGUAGAAUAUUAUAGAUGGAAUAUAUCAUGGUUUUUUGGGUUUUGUAAAAUAUGAUGAAAUUAGUUUAAUUUAACAAAUUCACUCAGAUCUAUUGGCUCUCGCACUUAUGUUCUCCCCCUCCCCACUAAAAUGUUCAACAUAGAACGAACUCACCCAAAUGGUCGUAGUAGGCAUCGAACGUCAGCUCUGCAAGUUUUCUCUCGCUUGUUACUCUGCGACCCUCUGUUCCUUCAUGUUCCCGUCAAUCCGCCAUCUCUAAUUUCUUCUGAUUUUUCACAAAAUUUCUACUAUCAUCACAAUUUUCCCUUUUCAACGCAAUUUUGUUUCCAUCACACCUGCUGGCAGCCGCUUUUGAGUUUUUAGCACUCGACAAAUCACCCAGACGCAGCAGAGGCGGCCCCUUGCCACAAACGCGUGCUCGGUAAAGCUUCGUGUGACAACACUAUUUUCACUUUCAAAAUAUCGCCAAAAAAAUCUUCAAUUUCACAACCGCUUUCAAAUUAUAUACUCUAAAUUUCUUGCUUUUGAACCUUCCUCAUCCCACUCCUGUUUCCAGCCGUUUCUACUUCCUUCUGAAGGAAGAUUCCACCUCAAAAUUUUCCUUCUUUUCUUCUUCUUUUCCAAACCUGAUUCCUCCCGUUCUUGCUUAGGACUGAAUCGUCCAGAAAAAGAUUUCACAUCUGGAACAACUAUGAACUUCACUUCCCCGAAUGCUUCUUCCGCUUUCCAACUCCAGCUCAUUCUGCAUCUAUCCACCGGGACAGAGAUCCGCCGGAAGUUUUCAACCGGAAGAGAUUUACCGGAACAAAAAUCGCGAAAAGUUAACACACCGUUUUCCAUACAAUCAUAAAUUUGAAACUUAAAUUCCAUUGUAAACUAAAAUUUUCAAAUGUUUAAAACUCUUAAGAAAACGAAAAACGCGGAGCAAAAAUUUUAAACGUCACGACGCACGCACGGCUUGCCUCGAUGAAUUUCGAGUCCAAAAACUUAAAUUUUCGUCUAAUACUGAUAGUGCAUCUUAAUCUAUGGACAAAAACCUAUCGUUUGAAGAUAAUACACACCUGAUCGAAACAGUUUUUGUAUUGAUUCCAAGCGAUUUUAGAAAAUUUGUUCAAAAAAGUGACUUUUUUCAGUAAAUCGAUUAGGGGGUGCGAGAAAGUAUUUUAUUAUUUUUUCUUGUCUAAGAAAACAUUGUUCCUAACAUCAUAAUCUACCAUUUAAGAAGUGAGCAACUGAAAUUCCUCGACAUGACCACAAAAUGGGACAGGCUAAUGCAGAUCAGUUCGCCCAAUUUAUGGGAAGAUUUCAAGAGAUGAUUGGUUCUCUCAAGGACCAUCAGGUGAAACCGCCGGCAGGUGGGCCUGCGGCGAACUCACAAGCCGGAAACCCUGCAGCGGCGUACAUUCCUCUUCCGCCCCCGCUGGAGUUAGAGGGCGAAAUGGAGGAGAACUUUAACUUUUUCGAAAAGAACUGGAAAACGUAUGCCAGUGCGAUCGGCAUGGAUGGUUGGCCUGUUGCGCAGAAUAAGCAAAAAGCCAGUAUUUUGCUUUCGGUGGUGGGCAGAGACGCGUUGAAAAAGUAUUACAACUUUGAGCUGACGGCGGCUCAGCGGGACGAUCCAGCAUUAGUGUUGGCAGCGAUCAAAGCCAAAGUGACCCGUGAACGGAACAAGUUCGUGGACUGGUUCGAGUUCUUUUCAUUGGAACAAGCAGCAGAUGAGAGCAUCGACAACUAUCUGUGCCGUCUUAAGUCGCUCGCCAAGUUGUGCAAGUUUAAUGUUCUGGAGGAAGACAUGAUCAUGUACAAGCUAGCAACGUCGGUAAAGUGGUUGCGACUUAGAUCGAAGUUGAUCACUACCCAACACCUGACGGAAGCUGUGGCCUUGGACAUGUGCCGUACCGAGGAGAUCUCCGAACGCCACCCAGUAACCGAAGUGCAGCAGAGCGGCGAAGUCAAGUGCGUAAAGAGGAGCAAGAAGAAGUGCAAGUUCUGUGGCGUUAUGCACGACUUUACCAAGGGUGCAUGCCCAGCACUUGGGAAGAAGUGCAACAGGUGUGGUGGAAAAAACCACUUCGAAAAAGUGUGUAAAGCUGAGCGAAGAAAGAAGCAGAAGAAGCAUCGUGUGACCGAAAGUGACGAAGAUGAAGGCUCAACGACGGAGGAAAGUGAGAGUGAUAGCAGUGAUACCCGUUCAAUCGGGAAGAUCGUCGAAAAGGCAAUCAACGGCGGAAGUGUUUCGGCGGAGCUGGAGUGUCUCGUCGCUGGAAAGUGGCAGUUCGUGUCGUGCGAGCUUGAUACUGGCGCCAACAUCAGCCUUGUGGGACUUAAAUGGUUAAAAAGGAUGACAGGACAUGACCAAGUCAAGCUGGAGCAAUCAGCGUUUCGUCUCCGAGGAUUUGGUGGAUACAACAUUCCAGUGAUCGGUCAAGUGAAGGUUCCAUGUCGGAAAGCAGGUCGUAAGUACAACCUAUUAAUGCAAGUUGUAAACUUCGAUCAUGGUCCUCUCCUUUCGGCGAACGUAUGUCGUGUCCUGGAAUUGGUCAAGUUCUGCAAAACCGUCAAGUGUACUGCCCCAGAUCCUGGUCAAUCGCUGAUGAAUAUUCACCGUGUGAAAGUUCAGAGCAUCGUAGGACAGAGAGAUGUUGAAGUCCAUCAGGGAAGGUCACUACAAGAUCCAGGGAAGAGCGGAAAUCCAACUUCAACCAGACCUUUCCUGACCCGAAACCAGAGAGUAGAUGUCACGCGGACUCCAUACUAUCCGGAAAACUUGCGUCCACGUAAGAAACCUCACACGUGAUGUCGAGUAUCGAGGAAAUUCGACGUUCAAGAGAUCCAGAAAAAACAACAUUUUCUUUAUUGUAAAACAGGGAGGAUGUUGUGGUACGUCAUAUGUAGCCGGCCCCGGAAUUCGUAGUUUGUGAACGUUCCCUCUGAACGUCAUUCAGCAGCGCGCGCCCGCGCUUUUCUCGUUCAUUCGUGCUCAUUGAUUCUUUCUCCUUCCGAGUGCGGAGCAGUAACGUCGUCGAGAA